AUGACUACAAAUUAUGCAAUACCAGAUGGUGAAGAUAGUUAUCUAAUAGAGUCUAUAGAGAAGACAGUUCUCUAUGUUAGGAAGAACGGGGUUAGUUUUGAGGAUAAGUUAGCUGGUGAUGAUAAAUUUUCAUUUGUAAGGCCUGAACAUAAGUAUUACAAGUUUUACAAGGCUAAGUUGAAUGAAGAUUUCAAAGACAAAAGUAACGAUGAAGAGGAAGAGGUAGUUGUCAAUGUUCUAGGAGAUGAACUACCGACUAUACCAUACGAAUAUGUAUUUAGUGGUUAUGACAAAAAUAUAGAUGCAAAAAGUUUAGAUAUUUUGAAACUUACAGCUCAGUUUGUAGUUUUAAAUAAGGAUAUUGAUGCAUUAGGUGAAUUGAGAAAAUUUUAUGCAGCUGAUGAAAAAUUUGAGUUUAUUAAAGAAGAUCAUCCUCUUCAUACUAUAUUUAUUAAUUUCAUUGAUCAAUAUAAACUAAUUAUGGACAAAGAAGGGCUUGAUUCCUCUGAUGUAUUGAAAUAUUCUACUAAAAGAGAUAUUAUUGAGAGAUGUUUCAAAAGAGCAGAAUUCUAUGAAUACUCCAAAGAAAUAGAAUCCAAGAAAGACGAAAUAAAAAAGUUACAAGAUAUUCAAUUUGCUGCAUUUGAUUGGACAAAUUUUAAGACAUUAGCAACAAUUGACUUCAAUAUAGAAAAUGAUACUUUUGUAAAGCCUAUUGAUCUUAACUCAUUGAAAAUUAAACAACUCACGAAUAAAAACAAGGUCAUCACAAGCAUUUUCACAGAUGUAGAAAUAAUUAAUAUCGAAAAGAAUGAAGAAUCCACCAAGCGUUCAGAAGGUAAAAAAUCAAAAAGAAAGAUGAAAAUUAAAGCCGCUGGUGAGACAAGGUUAAAGAAGCAAAAGCAAACGCAAGGACAGGCACAGAAUAAAAAGAUGAUAGAGUGUCCAAUAACGAAAAAGAUGAUACCAGAAGAUAGUUUUGAACAGCAUAUGCAAACCCUUCUUGGUGAUCCUCGCUAUAGAGAACAAAAACUAAAAUACGAUGCAGAAAGAAAAAUAACUAACUUAACAAGUCAUGACGUUUAUCGAAAUGUUAAAAAUGUUUCAAAGAAGGGAAAUGACUAA